AUGAUACUCCUGCAGUCCCAUUCAAGAUUCCUGCUUCAAACUUUGUUGAAUCGCCUUCAAAAUAUUGAAAAAGGUGUUGAACUCGAUCAUCACUGGGUUGAAUUUGAUGAUGUUCGAUAUCAUAUCCAGGUGUCGAUGAAGAAUCCUCAUAUUUUCUUGCUAUCAGUAUCGUUACCUACUCCAUCUUCAGAAACUAUUUUUGUAUCUGGACUACCUUUUGGAGCCAUUGAAGCAAUUAAAGCUGCAUAUGGUAGUCUUGUGCAAAUUCUUGAUCCUCCUAGGGAUGGCUUUAACCUCACGUUGAAGAUAAAUCUGUCAAAGGUUCCUGCAAAUCAAGAGCAAAGACAAGCACUUUUAGUAAAAGUUGCAUCAAUAAGGGAGGUUGUCCUUGGUGCACCACUAAGAGUAAUUUUAAAACACCUUGCUUCAAGAACAGUUGCUCCGGAUAUGGAUCCACUUGUUGCUCUUGUUCAUCGGCCAAAGGAGUCUUUUUUUGUUUUUCCCCAGGCUGAUAAGGUGACUGUGAUGUAUCCUAUGAGGUUCAAUGAUUCAAUAGACACUGUUCUUGCAACUUCCUUUUUGCAGGAAUUUGUUGAAGCCAGGCGUACAGCUGGACUUAAUAAUACCCCUCCUUGUUCGUGGUCUCAUACUCCUCCACCGGAACUGAAAGAAGUAUCUCCUGAUGCAUUAUCUGCAAAUGCAGGAUUUGUAUCAUUUGUUAUCUUCCCUCGUCAUGUUGAAGGCCAGAAAUUGGAUCGGACAGUAUGGAGUCUAUCAACUUUUCAUGCCUAUGUUAGUUAUCAUGUCAAGUGCUCAGAAGGAUUUAUGCAUACUAGGAUGCGUCGUCGUGUGGAGUCCUUGAUUCAGGCUCUGGAUCGUGCUAAACCAGAUCCCGAGAGUUCAAAGAAAACUUCACACAACAGAUCCUUCCAACGGCUGAGCCUCAAGGAUUCAAGAACCCACUCAUUUUCAUAA